UGUUGCGUCACAUCUUCGAGAGAGCCUCGAUCUUGCCCCACUGGCGCGUUGACCCCACUAUCUCAACACGACUCACCCCUUCCUCCUCCACCACGACUACAAAACCUGCCAUUUCCCUCCGAGAAAGGCGUCUUUCCUACAUACAACUCGCACACUGCUCUCUCUCGACCGAUACCUACGAAGAAAUCAAUCAACCUUGCCACCCGCUCAUCGCAAGAGAGGAAAAAAAACAACCGCUCAAGAUGUCUAGCAACGGAGCCCCCCACGAUAGCGCCAGUAUGGUCAAGGACUGGACUCUGCCAAAGGUUCUAGCUACGAUCCCCAAGCCCGUCACCUCCGCUUCGAGCUCCCCCCUCCACUUCCUCCACAUCAUUCGGCGCCUCAAGACGACUCCUCGCGAGGGCUGGAGACGCUUCGAUAUCCAGAAUGGCGAGUCUAUUGCCGACCACAUGUACCGCAUGGGCAUCAUCACGAUGCUGUGUCCUCCCGAAACCGGCAUCGAUCGCGAUCGCUGUGUGAAGCUGGCACUGAUCCACGAUAUGGCCGAGGCCCUCGUGGGCGAUAUCACCCCGCCCGACAACAUCGCAAAGGACGAAAAGUACAAGCGAGAACUGGAGUCCAUGCGAUACAUCUGCGAUGAGCUACUGAAGCCCAUCUCCGAGACCAUUGCGGAGGAGUUCAUGGAGCUCUGGGCGGAGUAUGAGACCGGCACGACCAAGGAGGCGGUGUUCGUCAAGGAUGUCGACCGCUUCGAGCUCAUCUGCCAGACAAUCGAGUACGAAAAGCAGUACAACGCGGAAAAGGAUCUCUCAGAAUUCCUUCACGUCCGGGUUGGCAUCAAGAACGACUUCGUGCUGAAGUGGGUCGAGGAUGCGCUUCUGGAACGUGCGGCGUACUGGAAAAGCAAAUGCCUCGAGCCCAAGGUCGAGUGAGCAUCGACCGCCGCCGCCCCCCUCUUGAUCAGCGUUUCGGCAUCUUUUCAUUCAUGCGCUUUCUUUCGAUAUCCUCUUACCUCUGCCUGUGUUUUGCUUUCGGUCUGUUACUUUGUUCGGGCGCGAACGGAGUUGGGGGAUUUGUUGGUGCCAUAGAAUUUGCUUAGACUUGAGACGAUACGUUGGGAUGGGAUACUCUUAACCGGUUUGCUUCGCUGUAUACAGUAACUAGUACUCUGCAAGCAAUCAUAUUGUGUCAUUCGUAG